CGCAAGGAGGGGGGAGGGAGGAUGGAGAAGGGGCCGCUGGAAGUUAAGAUGGCGGUGCGUGUGUGAGUGCGGCGCGGAGCAAGUCUCUUCCUGGCGCUGCCGUCGCGGGCCCCCGCACCCCGUUCCGCGUCGCGUCGCUGUAGUGAGGGAAGGACUCUGCCUGCGGGUGCGAGCGCCCCCAGCCGCCCCGGGGAGACGCCGAGCUCCCCCCCACCCCCAUUGUGUGCCCGGCCUCUGCCUGCCUCGGGCGGGGGGAGCGCAACAUGACAUCGAUCCACUUCGUGGUGCACCCGCUGCCGGGCACCGAGGACCAGCUCAAUGACCGGUUAAGGGAAGUUUCAGAGAAGCUGAAUAAAUACAAUUUAAAUAGCCACCCCCCUUUGAAUGUAUUGGAACAGGCUACUAUUAAACAAUGUGUGGUGGGACCAAAUCAUGCUGCAUUUCUUCUUGAGGACGGCAGAGUCUGCAGGAUUGGCUUUUCAGUUCAGCCAGACAGACUGGAAUUGGGUAAACCUGACAACAAUGAUGGCUCAAAGUUGAGCAGUGGCUCAGGGGCAGGAAGGACAUCCAGGCCAGGCAGGACUAGUGACUCCCCAUGGUUUCUGUCUGGUUCUGAAACUCUGGGCAGACUGGCAGGCAACACCCUUGGAAGCCGCUGGAGUUCAGGGGUUGGUGGAAGUGGAGGAGGAUCCUCUGGUAGAUCAUCAGCUGGAGCUCGGGAUUCCCGAAGGCAAACCAGAGUUAUUCGCACUGGACGUGAUAGAGGAUCUGGACUGUUGGGUAGUCAGCCACAGCCAGUGAUUCCAGCAUCAGUAAUUCCAGAGGAACUCAUUUCACAGGCACAAGUCGUUUUACAAGGAAAGUCCAGAAGUGUCAUUAUACGAGAACUCCAGCGGACAAAUCUUGAUGUAAAUCUUGCUGUAAAUAAUUUGCUGAGCCGUGAUGAUGAAGAUGGAGAUGAUGGAGAUGACACAGCAAGUGAAUCAUAUCUACCUGGAGAGGAUCUUAUGUCUCUUCUGGAUGCUGACAUACAUUCUGCUCACCCAAGUGUCAUUAUUGAUGCUGAUGCUAUGUUUUCAGAAGAUAUUAGUUACUUUGGUUAUCCAUCCUUUCGGCGUUCAUCACUUUCCAGGCUAGGCUCAUCCCGAGUUCUCCUUCUUCCCUUAGAGAGAGACUCUGAGCUGUUGCGUGAACGAGAGUCCGUUUUACGUUUGCGUGAACGAAGGUGGCUUGAUGGAGCCUCAUUUGAUAAUGAAAGGGGCUCUACAAGCAAGGAAGGGGAGCCAAACCUGGAUAAGAAGAAUACACCUGUUCAAAGCCCAGUCUCGUUAGGAGAAGACUUGCAAUGGUGGCCAGAUAAGGAUGGAACAAAGUUUAUUUCUAUUGGAGCUCUGUAUUCUGAGCUUGUGGCAGUUAGCAGUAAAGGGGAACUUUAUCAGUGGAAAUGGAGUGAAUCAGAGCCUUAUAGAAAUGCACAGAAUCCUUCAUUACAUCAUCCACGAGCAAUGUUUUUGGGGUUAACCAAUGAAAAGAUAGUGCUCCUUUCUGCAAAUAGUAUCAGAGCAACUGUAGCCACAGAAAAUAACAAGGUUGCUACCUGGGUGGAUGAAACUCUAAGCUCUGUAGCUUCUAAAUUGGAACACACUGCACAGACCUACUCAGAGCUGCAGGGAGAACGGAUAGUUUCAUUACACUGUUGCGCUCUUUAUACCUGUGCUCAGCUAGAGAACAACUUAUACUGGUGGGGAGUAGUUCCUUUUAGCCAAAGGAAGAAGAUGCUAGAAAAGGCCAGAGCAAAAAAUAAAAAGCCCAAGUCUAGUGCUGGCAUCUCUUCAAUGCCAAAUAUCACAGUUGGCACGCAGGCCUCUUACCAGCUCAAACCAGUAUAUGUUACUUCCCUUGAGGGAGAUGGGGACGAAACUUCCACAGACUUGUUACUUGUUGUUUCACCGGUGUGCCUGAGAAAUAAUCCCCUUUAUCAUGCUGGAGCUGUGGCUUUUUCAAUUAGCGCUGGAAUUCCUAAAGUGGGUGUCUUAAUGGAAUCUGUUUGGAAUAUGAAUGAUAGCUGUAGGUUCCAGCUUCGAUCACCAGAGAGCUUGAAAAACAUGGAGAAAGCUAGCAAAACUACUGAGGCAAAGCCUGAAAGCAAACAGGAACCAGUGAAAACUGAAAUGGGUCCACCACCAUCCCCAGCUUCUACCUGUAGUGAUGCAUCUUCAAUUGCAAGCAGCGCAUCAAUGCCAUACAAACGACGACGGUCUACUCCUGCUCCAAAAGAAGAAGAGAAAGUGAAUGAAGAGCAGUGGUCUCUUAGGGAAGUCGUGUUUGUAGAAGAUGUUAAGAAUGUUCCUGUUGGCAAGGUACUAAAAGUGGACGGUGCCUAUGUUGCUGUGAAAUUUCCAGGCACAUCCAGUAAUACAAACUGUCAGAGCAGCUCCGGUUCAGAUCCCGAUCCUUCUUCCCUUCUCCAAGAUUGUAGGCUGCUCAGAAUAGAUGAACUCCAGGUAGUCAAAACUGGCGGGACUCCAAAAGUUCCAGACUGCUUCCAAAGGACUCCCAAAAAGCUGUGUAUUCCUGAAAAAACAGAGAUUCUAGCAGUGAAUGUAGAUUCAAAAGGAGUGCAUGCUGUCUUGAAGACUGGGAACUGGGUUCGAUACUGCAUAUUUGACCUUGCUACAGGGAAAGCUGAGCAAGAAAAUAACUUCCCCACUAGCAGCAUUGCUUUCCUGGGUCAGAAUGAGAGAAGCGUUGCCAUUUUUACAGCUGGACAGGAAUCUCCUAUUAUUCUUAGAGAUGGAAAUGGAACUAUCUAUCCAAUGGCAAAAGAUUGCAUGGGUGGAAUAAGGGAUCCCGACUGGCUUGAUCUUCCACCUAUUAGUAGUCUUGGAAUGGGUGUUCAUUCCUUAACAAAUCUUCCUGCUAAUUCAACCAUCAAAAAGAAAGCUGCUAUCAUCAUCAUGGCUGUAGAGAAACAGACUUUAAUGCAGCAUAUUCUCCGAUGUGACUAUGAGGCCUGCAGACAAUACCUGAUGAAUCUUGAACAAGCUGUUGUCUUGGAUCAGAAUCUACAAAUGCUGCAGACUUUCCUCAGCCACAGAUGUGAUGGAAAUCGUAAUAUUCUACAUGCUUGUGUAUCUGUAUGCUUCCCAACCAGUAACAAAGAAACUAAAGAGGAAGAGGGGCUACUUCAUUCAGUGCACAAGAUGGACAGUGCUCACCAAAUGGAAGCAGAGCGCUCUGAAAGGAAUACGUUUGCUGAAAGGCUUUCUGCAGUUGAGGCUAUUGCAAAUGCAAUCUCAGUAGUAUCAAGUAAUGGUCCAGGAAAUCGGGCAGGAUCAUCAAGCAGCAGAAGUUUGAGAUUAAGGGAGAUGAUGAGAAGAUCCUUGCGAGCAGCUGGAUUGGGUAGACAUGAAGCUGGAGCUUCAUCUAGUGAUCACCAGGACCCAGUUUCUCCACCAAUAGCUCCUCCCAGCUGGGUUCCUGAUCCUCCUGCAAUGGAUCCUGAUGGUGACAUUGAUUUUAUCCUGGCCCCCGCUGUGGGAUCUCUUACCACAGCAGCGACUGGCACUGGCCCAGGACCUAGCACCUCCACCAUACCAGGUCCUUCUACUGAACCAUCUGUAGUGGAAUCAAAGGAUCGGAAGGCAAAUGCUCAUUUUAUACUGAAAUUGUUAUGUGAUAGUGUCGUUUUACAACCUUAUCUUCGAGAGCUACUAUCAGCCAAAGAUGCAAGAGGUAUGACACCAUUUAUGUCUGCUGUUAGUGGCAGAGCGUACCCUGCUGCAAUUACCAUUCUGGAAACUGCACAGAAAAUUGCCAAAGCGGAGGCAACUUCUAGUGAAAAAGAGGAAGAUGUGUUCAUGGGAAUGGUUUGCCCAUCUGGCACAAACCCAGAUGAUUCUCCUUUAUAUGUCCUGUGUUGUAAUGAUACAUGCAGCUUUACGUGGACUGGGGCAGAGCACAUUAAUCAGGAUAUUUUUGAAUGCCGAACAUGUGGCUUACUGGAAUCUCUUUGUUGUUGCACAGAAUGUGCACGGGUUUGUCACAAAGGUCAUGAUUGCAAGCUCAAGCGAACAUCCCCAACAGCCUACUGUGAUUGCUGGGAAAAAUGCAAGUGUAAAACAUUAAUUGCAGGACAGAAGUCUGCUCGUCUUGAUCUACUUUACAGACUGCUUACCACUACAAAUCUGGUCACAAUGCCAAAUAGCAGGGGGGAACACCUUCUAUUAUUCUUAGUACAGACAGUUGCCAGGCAAACUGUAGAACACUGCCAGUACAGACCACCUAGAAUUAGGGAAGAUCGUAAUCGUAAAACUGCAAAUCCUGAAGAUUCUGAUAUGCCUGAUCACGAUUUAGAACCUCCACGAUUUGCUCAGCUUGCUUUGGAACGUGUUUUACAAGAUUGGAAUGCGCUGAAAUCUAUGAUCAUGUUUGGCUCCCAGGAGAAUAAAGACCCUCUUAGUGCAAGCAGUAGAAUAGGUCAUCUUUUGCCUGAAGAACAAGUUUACCUUAAUCAGCAAAGUGGUACAAUUCGGUUGGACUGCUUUACACAUUGCCUUAUUGUCAAGUGCACAGCAGACAUUUUGCUUUUAGAUACUUUGCUGGGUACUCUUGUAAAGGAGCUACAAAAUAAAUACACUCCAGGGCGCAGAGAAGAAGCUAUUGCCGUUACAAUGAGAUUUCUGCGUUCUGUGGCAAGAGUUUUUGUUAUUCUUAGUGUCGAAAUGGCUUCAUCCAAAAAGAAAAACAACUUCAUUCCACAACCAAUUGGAAAAUGUAAACGUGUAUUCCAAGCAUUGUUACCCUAUGCUGUGGAGGAGUUGUGUAAUGUAGCGGAAUCCCUAAUUAUUCCAGUCAGGAUGGGUAUUGCGCGUCCUACUGCACCAUUUACUCUUGCUAGCACUAGUAUAGAUGCCAUGCAAGGCAGUGAAGAACUAUUCUCUGUGGAGCCUCUACCACCAAGACCAUCAUCUGAUCAGUCUAGCAGUUCCAGUCAGUCUCAGUCCUCCUACAUUAUAAGGAAUCCUCAGCAGAGACGGAUCAGCCAGUCACAGCCAGUUCGUGGCAGAGAUGAAGAGCAAGAUGAUAUUGUAUCAGCAGAUGUGGAAGAGGUUGAAGUGGUUGAGGGAGUAGCUGGAGAAGAAGACCACCAUGAUGAACAAGAAGAACAUGGAGAAGAAAAUGCUGAAGCAGAAGGACAACAUGAUGAGCAUGAUGAAGACGGCAGUGACAUGGAGCUGGAUCUACUAGCAGCAGCUGAAACAGAAAGUGACAGUGAGAGUAACCACAGCAAUCAGGACAAUGCUAGCGGGCGUAGAAGUGUUGUCACUGCAGCUACUGCGGGAUCAGAAGCAGGUGCUAGCAGUGUUCCCGCAUUUUUUUCUGAGGAUGAUUCUCAGUCAAAUGACUCCAGUGAUUCAGACAGCAGCAGUAGCCAGAGUGAUGACAUAGAGCAGGAGACCUUCAUGCUUGAUGAGCCUCUAGAGCGAACCACAAAUAGCUCUCAUGCCAAUGGUGCUGCCCAAGCUCCCCGUUCAAUGCAGUGGGCUGUACGUAACACCCAGAAUCAGAGAACAACUAGCACGGCUCCAUCAAGCACAUCUGCCCCAGCAGCAAGUUCAGCAGGUUUGAUUUAUAUUGAUCCAUCGAACUUACGUCGAAGCGGCACCAUCAGCACAAGUGCUGCAGCAGCAGCUGCAGCUUUAGAAGCUAGCAAUGCAAGCAGCUAUUUAACAUCUGCGAGCAGCUUAGCGAGGGCAUACAGUAUUGUGAUCCGACAGAUAUCUGAUUUGAUGGGUUUGAUUCCCAAAUACAAUCAUCUGGUAUACUCCCAGAUCCCUGCUGCAGUGAAACUGACGUAUCAGGAUGCAGUAAACUUGCAGAACUAUGUAGAGGAAAAGCUUAUUCCCACUUGGAAUUGGAUGGUUAGCAUCAUGGACUCCACUGAAGCUCAACUGCGUUAUGGUUCUGCACUAGCAUCUGCUGGUGACCCUGGACAUCCAAACCAUCCCCUGCAUGCUUCCCAGAACUCAACGAGAAGGGAGAGGAUGACAGCACGUGAGGAGGCUAGUUUAAGAACACUUGAGGGUAGAAGGCGUGCUACUUUGCUCAGUGCCCGUCAAGGAAUGAUGUCAGCACGUGGAGACUUUCUAAAUUAUGCCCUCUCUCUGAUGCGUUCUCACAAUGAUGAGCACUCAGAUGUUCUUCCUGUUCUGGAUGUCUGCUCACUGAAGCACGUAGCAUAUGUUUUUCAGGCCCUUAUUUAUUGGAUUAAAGCAAUGAACCAACAGACAACAUUGGACACUCCUCAGCUGGAACGGAAAAGGACUCGUGAGCUCUUGGAACUGGGUCUUGACAACGAAGAUUCAGAACAUGAAAAUGAUGAUGACACAAAUCAAAGUGCUACACUUAAUGACAAGGAUGAUGACUCCCUCCCAGCAGAAACUGGCCAAAACCAUCCAUUCUUCCGACGGUCAGACUCCAUGACGUUCCUUGGUUGUAUUCCACCCAAUCCAUUUGAAGUUCCUCUAGCGGAAGCCAUCCCCCUGGCAGACCAGCCACAUCUUCUACAGCCAAAUGCUAGAAAAGAAGAUCUAUUUGGCCGUCCAAGUCAGGGUUUAUAUUCAUCCUCUGCCAACAGUGGGAAGUGCUUAAUGGAAGUAACAGUGGAUAGAAACUGCCUUGAGGUUCUUCCAACCAAAAUGUCUUAUGCAGCCAAUUUAAAAAAUGUUAUGAGCAUGCAAAAUCGGCAAAAGAAGGAAGGAGAGGAACAAAAUGUGCCAACAGAAGAAUCUGAGACUUCAAAACCAGGGCCUUCAGCUCAUGAUCUUGCAGCACAGCUGAAAAGCAGCUUGCUGGCAGAGAUAGGACUGACAGAGAGUGAAGGGCCACCUCUUACAUCAUUCAGGCCCCAGUGUAGUUUCAUGGGAAUGGUUAUUUCUCAUGAUAUGUUGCUAGGACGUUGGCGCCUUUCUUUAGAACUGUUUGGCAGAGUGUUCAUGGAAGAUGUUGGAGCAGAGCCUGGAUCAAUCUUGACUGAAUUAGGUGGCUUUGAAGUAAAAGAAUCAAAAUUCCGCAGAGAAAUGGAAAAACUUAGAAACCAGCAAUCCAGGGAUUUAACAUUGGAGGUUGAUCGAGAUAGAGAUCUUCUAAUUCAGCAGACGAUGAGGCAGCUCAACAAUCAUUUUGGUCGCAGAUGUGCUACAACUCCAAUGGCUGUGCACAGAGUAAAAGUUACAUUUAAGGAUGAGCCAGGAGAAGGCAGUGGUGUAGCACGAAGUUUUUAUACUGCCAUUGCACAGGCUUUUCUAUCAAAUGAGAAACUGCCAAACCUAGACUGCAUCCAGAAUGCCAACAAGGGUACCCAUACAAGUCUGAUGCAGAGAUUGCGAAAUAGAGGGGAGAGAGAUCGGGAGAGGGAGCGAGAAAGGGAAAUGAGGAGGAGUAGUGGCUUACGAGCUGGUUCUCGCAGAGACAGGGAUAGGGACUUUAGAAGACAACUUUCCAUUGACACAAGGCCCUUUAGACCAGCCUCAGAAGGGAAUCCUAGUGAUGAUCCUGAUCCUCUUCCAGCACAUCGACAGGCCCUUGGAGAAAGGCUUUACCCUCGUGUACAAGCAAUGCAACCAGCAUUUGCAAGCAAAAUCACAGGUAUGCUACUGGAGUUGUCCCCUGCUCAGCUGCUUCUAUUACUAGCAAGUGAAGAUUCCCUUAGAGCAAGAGUUGAUGAGGCUAUGGAACUCAUUAUUGCGCAUGGAAGGGAAAAUGGAGCUGACAGUAUCCUGGAUCUUGGGUUGCUAGACUCCUCAGACAAGGUACAGGAAAAUAGAAAGCGACAUGGCUCCAGUCGCAGUGUGGUGGACAUGGAAUUAGAUGAUACAGAUGAUGGUGAUGAUAAUGCACCACUAUUCUACCAACCUGGGAAACGAGGUUUUUAUACGCCAAGGCCUGGCAAAAACACAGAGGCAAGAUUGAAUUGUUUCAGAAACAUUGGCAGAAUUCUAGGGUUGUGCUUACUGCAGAAUGAACUAUGUCCCAUCACGUUAAACAGACAUGUUAUCAAAGUUCUUCUUGGCAGAAAAGUAAGUUGAUCACAGACAUCUGAACUGCCUUUAAGUACAUAAGAUUAGUUUUAAAAAAUAAUUUUAUUUUAAAAUAUGUUUUGAUGUUAACACUGUGCUUGUUUGGCAAUACUAAAUCUAAUUAAAACAGUUGUGAUUUUUUUUGUUGUCUUACAAUUAAACUGAGUUUGCCAAGUGGAUGCCAAGGAAUUGACUGAGGAGGGUUUCCAAUUAAUAUAAUAUGAGUGCGCACGCUCUCUAUCUGUCUAUAUUAAAUAUUUAAAAUGGGACAGGGUUGAUCUUCAC